AUGUCGCUCUCCUCGGUGGUCGCGGUCAAGACGGUCGAAGGCGAACCAGUCGCGCAGCUCUCGACGACGGUGCUCGGACAAGUCGCGGGCCUCGACUUCACAGGCCACAGCGACGAGACCGUCGGUCUGUACCUGUUCCUGGCAUUCCAUGACGAUGAUGUUCUCGCGCAAGCGACGGCCAGUCUCGCGAUCGGCGAUGCUGCGGCGCAGCACGUGCUCGCGGUGUGGACCGUCGUGACGACCCCGGCGACGUUCCCGCGUCACCUUGAGCUGCACGGGGACUUUGCGAUUUUGGUCUCGCGCGACCGUUCAGUGCGUGUUGCAGUCUGCGCUUCGACAGCCCACGACGUCCUUUCCGUCACGUUUGCCUCGCCGACGCCGUUCAAGACGGACAUCAUCGUCAGCUUGAACCACUUGACAACAUCGAAGGGCGAGACGACGUCCGCGCGCCAGGUGCAUCUUGGCGGCAACGUUUGGCUGUAUGUCUUCCAGCUUCUUGCAGCCAUGCCCAACGGCCUACAGCAUCUGCAGCGCCGCCUGGCGCAUGCCAUGAUGCAGUAUGGAACCCUGCGCUACAACGUCACGCGUCCGGCGACCGACGCGUUCAAGCCGCUUGCUCCCUUUGCGGAAAUGCUCAAUAUGCAGCCGACUCCUCCGUCGUUGCCACCGCGCACGCCAGCGCACUCGGCGCUGACAGGAGAAGCUCUUGCUCGUCGGUCGCCAUCGCCUUUUGCAAGCCGGCCACCGCAAGCCCCAGGCCCAGACAUGGCGCUAAAUGAGCCAUCAUCGCUGGUGUCACCAUGGUCGUCGCCCAGCAGUGGCUUUGGGUUUAGCCACCAAAACAACUUGUCGCCCGAAUCGCUUCGCGAGCUCGAGCGCCGGUAUGCGUCGCCAUUGCUUCUGGCCAACUACCCGUCACCGAUCCGCUCGUCGCCGCUUCUCAUGGAGAGUCCGCCGUUCGAUGUGCACUCCUCGCCACCGCAAGCCGUGCGCCCCGCCUUGCUGCUACCCAAGGACGACGACGACAACGACCUGGCCGACCAAACACUCAACAUGUCGGUCGAUGAUAUCGAAGACGACGAGUACGAACGUGGCACAAUGGUCGCGUAG